AUGGGGCACGACUACGUGCGCCUGGAGGCCAACUGCCGAGACUUAGCCCGCAGCGCUGCGGCGGCGGUGGAGCGCUCCGCCGUGCUUCAGCGCUGUCUCCAGCAGAUCGUCGCGUUCGACGCGCCGAUCCCGGCUGCAGGACUGCCCUGUCCCUCUGCCACGGUCGGCAGCUUCUGGAGCUGCACGUCACACGACUGUGGCCGCCGCCUGGUGAGACCGGACGAAGCCGUCCGACUGUUUAUAGUCGGGUCGGGUAACACCACCGCCUUCUACGGCCAGUACCCGUGGCAGGCGCGGCUGGUCGUAUAUGAUGCCAAUGCCCGGGGCUACAUUCAUCACUGCGGCGGCAUCAUCAUUUCGCACGAACACGUGGUGACAGCCGCCCACUGCGUGGUUGAGGUCGUCCCCCAUCGGCUGCUGGUGCGCGUCGGGGAUCUUCGGAUUGACAGCCGCGAGCUUUACGAGCAAGAGUUCGCCGUCGCCAGCUACCAAGUGCACAACCGGUUCGGCACGGAGCAAGGCCUGCGUCACGACGUGGCCCUUGUGCGGCUGCGUCGCCGCGUCGGACCCGGCAUUGAGUUCGGCCGCUACGUGCAGCCGGCCUGCCUGCCGGCGGCCGACGCCGAGUACGAGACGUUCCUGCCGUGCGAGGUAUCCGGCUGGGGGCGUACCUCAGACGGCGCGCCGAUCUCGGAGGUGCUGCGCGGCGUCUCAGUGUCUGGCCGUUUCGUGGCGUAUGGCGUCGUGUCGUCUGGCGAUCCGCUGGGCUGCGGCCGACGACCCGGCCUGUACACCAAGCUGUCAGCAUACGUGGGCUGGCUGCUGCGCCGCCUCCAGCUGGACCAGGAAGAGGACGCGGUCCCGAGCACGGCUGUGACUUCAACUCCAGAGGUCCCCGGUCGGCCUGAGGGCGACCUGGGCCGGCCUUGCUUCACCCCGGACGGCGUAGCCGGCUUCUGCUUCCCGCUGCGAGACUGUCCCGACUUGCUGCCGGCGCGCGGCGGGAAUCGACAGGCCGCGCGCAGCGCAGGCUGCGGACGGACCAGCUUCUCGCCGCCGCAGCUGGGUGCUGCGUUCGCCAAGAACGCCGCCAACUUCCCCUGGCUGGUGGCCAUCAGCGAUAAGAGCAGCGGCGUCCGAGGGUUGUAG